UGACAAUCUUGAAUUGGCAUUACUAAAACUACUAAAACUAGCCCACGGAGGCAUGAUUUAAAGGCUCUGAGUCAUGUUUUAAGAUCUCAACAUGCCACUGGCCGACACGGCCACAAGUCGCUCCAUUUGAUGGGCUAUGGCCGGAUGCGGCCCACUGUCGGCAUGUGGGAGUUAAGAUUUUCUGAAAUCUCGUGAGAGAAUUUUAAUAAUUUCCAAUUUUUUCUCUUUGUCAAAUCUCGGUUGUUGACUACAUCUAACGCGGAUGUGCCGCCACCUCCUCUCUGGUGUUCUUUAUUUUCCAGCCAACGGUUUAUCCAGAAACAAACCCCAUCUCAGAUUUGAGAUUUUCAGUACCAACUACGUAACUCGUCCCUCAAACUCAGACCUCUCCAACUACAACCUCCUUCACUGCUCCGCCAAUCCGCGAUGGCUCUAAAGGCCAUUAGUUUGACGCACGUGCGGUACCAAAAGGGCGAUCAGCUUGGCCAGUUCCUCGCGUGGGUCUCACUCGUGCCGGUCUUCAUUAGCUUCGGCGGCUUCGUUUCACACUUCAUGUUUCGUCGCGAGCUUCAAGGCAUUUUCUUCGCUGUCGGUCUCUUAAUCUCUCAAUUCAUUAACGAAGUGAUAAAAACGUCGGUCCAACAAGCUCGGCCCGAAACGUGUGCGCUUUUAGAAAUGUGUGAUUCCCACGGCUGGCCCUCGAGUCACUCUCAAUACAUGUUCUUUUUCGCUGUCUAUUUUAGUCUUUUAAGCUGUAAAGGAAUUGGACUUUGGGGGAUGAAGAACAGGUGGUUUUUUAACGUUCUGAACUGGAUUUUGGCUGUGCUGACUAUGUAUUCGCGGGUGUAUUUGGGGUACCAUACAGUGGCUCAAGUGUUUGCCGGGGCUACUAUGGGGAUUUUGGUUGGAGCAGGGUGGUUCUGGGUGGUGAAUUCUUACUUGUUUUUUUAUUUUCCGGCGAUUGAAGAGAGUGCUGCGGGGAGAUUUUUUUAUCUCAAGGAUACUUCUCAUAUUGCCGAUGUGUUUAAGUUCGAGUAUGAUAAUGCGAGAUCUGCUAGGAAAGAUAAUUAUAGGGAUUAUAAGAGCAACUGAUAGAUGAAUUGUCUUCUGGGUUAAUCAUGCCAAAUUUUUGUUAUGGAUCCCACUAUUGGUUUUACAGAAGAUCUGAUUAAGCUAAUAUCAUUUUUUAUGAAUUCAAUAAAACUAUAUACAUUUAGUUUUUAAUAUCAAAUUGGGUUUUCAAAAGAUGUGUUAUCAUAUGAUUAGGUGAUUUUAAAUUAAAAAUGAAAUGACAUCUAAUCACAUUAUGACACAUUAUCUGAAUACCAAAUUAGGUAUUCAAAACUAAUAGUAUUGAUCUUUUGGAUUACUUCACCUGGAAAUUGUAUGGAAACGGCAGCUAGAGAACAUGAUUGGGAGAUUAGACUGACACCAGAUUGUAAUUGUUGCAGCAAUCAGGUGAUAGAAGAACUUUUAGAGAAAACAAUAAUCUAAUUGCUGCUUUUACAAACUCACAUAUAUGUCAUUAUAUUUUAUGAUCAAUUCGGUGGCUUAUAAAUUGUUCAAAAUUAAUUGCUUCAAAGAAAGGUUUGCAGCUUUAA